CUGAGCAGGACCGCAGGUCGCGGCCCUACGGAGCCCGCGGUGCGGCGCCCAGAGAGCUGGCGCCAGGGAGAUGCGACGGGAAGCCCCCGCCACAGCGCAGGCGGUGGCCCCGCGGCGCCGGCGAGAGGCGGGCGGGAGCAGUGCCUGUGAAAAUGCAGCAACUAGAACUUUAAUGGCUACUAAGAAUUUUAAGCAGAGCUAAGGCUGGUUCUUCAAGGUAAUCUUUCCUGGCUGUCUUCACUCUGAGCUCCGACGGCUUCCAGGGGGAGCAUUACUCCAGGGAGAGCUCCGGAGUAUUCUUGGAGAGAAAUUCCAUGGGGACUGUACCUGACCCUCUGGGACCGACUAAAUCUUCCCUGCUUGCACCUGCUGGAAAAGAGGACUCCCUGGCAGAGCUGCAAACUCCCUGCCCUCAGCAGCAACCAUCUCUCCUGUGCAAGAAUGCCCACAGCCUUUCAGGCGCCCCUUCAGAAGCAAACCUCAGCCCCAGUGCAGCUGCUGAGGCCCUGAUGCAGGCCUGUGAGCAUGCGACCACCCAGCCAGAUAUGUCUUCUCCCAGUGUUUUCAAUGAGGUGGGGAAAGCACCUCUUACACCCAAUUCCCCUGGCCACCCCCAGCUCCCAGGCAGCAGUGAGCCCGUCACACCAGCGCUGAGUUUUGCAGCAGGAAAGGAGGAUGCUAAACACACACCAUUUGCAAUUCCAGUCAAUCAGCCAACCUACCCAGCCAACCUUCAUGAUCAGCCCAAUACCAGCCCCUCAUCAGUACCUGAACAUCCCCUGGUGAAAUCACAGACACCCUGCGAGGGAGAGCAACCUGAGACGUCGAGUUGUGCUGUAGGGGACACCUGUGGCAGCAGCAAAGAUCAAGUGUCUUGUGAUUUUCCUUCUCAAGAAACAAUCCAGGCAACAGUGCAGACUCCAGAGACAGCAGCCAGGGCGUCCAGCCGUUCAUCCCCUCUUGUCGGUGGACCAGAAGGGAAAAGGGACCAAGCCGCCUGGGACUCUGUGACAAGGUCUUGCGAAAGCCCCACAAGAGAAGAUGAAUGUCCCCAGAACAAACAGCCCUCUGUCACUGCCUCUGAUACACAAGGCAUCCCUUCUGGGGCGUCUCCACCAUCCCGCCUCACCAGCGAUGCAUCCACACGUCCUGCAAACCCAGAGCCCGUGCAGCUUCCUGCACAGCCUCAGGGUUCAAAGUUCAAAGAAGCCAGUACAAUGACCAGCCAAGCUGAAAGUGAGCUCAAGGAAGUCCCCAGUAGAGCUCGGCAAGAUGCCGAGGUGCAGGCAGUGGCGAUUGUCCAGAGCCGAUCCGUGUCCACCAGCCCCAGCAUCCUCACUGCAUUCCUAAAGGAGAUCCCUGCUGCAGAGCGUUUGGAACAACAAGAGCAGCUGCGUGUCGUCUGUCAUGGCCAUGGCAGUGGAAGCCCCAGGUUGGAGCUCUCUGACCCAUUGUUAGCCCCCCAGCCAUCCGGGCAGUGCCCUGGCAUCAUGCCACAGGUGCACAUCCAAACACAUAAACCAGCCAGCCUACCCACCGAGGUUCUUAAAACCUCAUCAGUCAAUGUGGCCUCCAGCCAUGCCCAGGAUACGUGGAAAGAAGGUGGGAGUUCAGCAGGAAGGAGCCCAGAGAGCCGCGAACAGCCAACCUGUAACCAGCUCGCAGGCUCCCUGAAGGCUGGCCCCAUUGACCAGAUUUCUGGCCUUGUAGGAGGCCAAGCUGAAACGCGCCAGGCACUGGGGAACUCUGAAAGCAAGAUGUCUGAGGGUGUAGUAAAAAGCACAGAUGGCCACAAAGCAGACUCAGGCUGCAGACUCUCCCAAUCUUGUGUCCCGGCCGGCAAAGCCGACCAGUCCAGCACCUUGGAUCCUGCUGAUCAAGGAGGUGCAAGGGAAAGGAAGACUGCGUCUCCCCAGAUAGGCAGAGAACAAGAUACCGAUACCCCGGAUGCCAAGACUCUACUGCUCAAUCCUAAAACUCAAGAAGGUGGAGGCACAGGCUCACCUGCUAAUCCCACCCCCUCUCCUGUUAGAAAGAACCAGGAGAGCACCUUGGAAGAAAACAGACAGACCAAGACAGCCACCAGCCUGAGCCUGCCAUCCGACGCCCUGGGGGACUCCAGCCCGGGCUCUGGCAAGAGGACCCCUUCUCGCUCGGUCAAGGCCAGCCCGCGCCGGGCCAGCCGGGUCAGCGAGUUCCUUAAGGAGCAGAAGCUGAACGUGACGGCGGCGGCCGCGCAGGUGGGAUUCACUCCAGGCGAGAAGAAGAAGCAGCUUGGCACGGACGCCAAGCCCCAUCUGAAACAGUCCAAGCGCGUCAGGGACGUCAUGUGGGAUGAGCAGGGCAUGACCUGGGAGGUGUACGGUGCCUCCUUGGACCCCGAGUCCCUGGGAAUCGCCAUCCAGAACCAUUUGCAAAGGCAAAUCAGGGAACACGAGAAAUUAAUCAAAACGCAAAGUGGCCAGGCCCGGAGAUCCAUUUCCUCAGAUACAUCUUCAAAUAAGAAGCUCAAAGGAAGGCAACACAGUGUUUUCCAAUCCUUGCUGCAGAACUUUCGACGCCCCAACUGCUGUGUUCGCCCCGCCCCCUCUUCUGUGUUAGAUUGAAAGGGAGCCCAUGUGAAGGCCCGCCCACACGGCCAUUGUGCUUGAGCCUCUGCUCCAAUUCUGACUUUGCUGGGGGCAGGGGGGUGGGGUUGUUGGGGUUUCCGGUUUUUGGUUUUGGAGAGGCAAGGAAGAAAAAGCAAGAAUGAACUAUAGGAAUUUGUGAUUCAGAAUCCUUGGGUCCUGUGACUGGAACCAUGUAAAGAAAAGGUCGUUUCAACUGGACGCAAAGGACCAGAAGCAAGCUUCCCUGAGGAUUUGCAAGCUAAAGUGGAAAUCCGUUUUUUUAUUAUGAUGUUGCUUGUAGAAACUGCAUUAUCAUACGUGUGUCCUUUUGUACGACUGCCUCAAUUUAUCAUACAAUGUUGUUUCCAUUAAAAUCCCUGCUUUGUAUUUAAAAAGUCGCAAAAAGACUAUUAGCAAAAAAUACUGCUAACGGUUCUAGCCCUAUUAUAAUAAGAAUGCUUUUACCACACAAAAUUUAAGUAGGUGAUAAGAACCAUACUGUAAAAAAAGAAACAAAUUUGACUAAUUCCUAAGCCAGCUAACCUUAAAUAAAGCAUUUACAUAUGUAAAAUGCCAGAUAUGAAUUAGUAUUUGUAAAUAUCUGCAGAUACCUUUUUAUAAACCUUGUUAUAGCUGUGAAUAAAUACAAGAGAGUUGCAGUAGGAAAAUUAGUUAAGCCUUUGAAUAUGAAUACUGCCUACAUCAGACAUGGAUGCACAGAUACACAUUGUCCUUUGCUGAAAGCAGUGCAUCUCUGUGAUUCCGGCCAGAUUAAAUUCCUGUUUGUUUGGUUUUUUUUUUUUUACCCUAGAGGAAAGAAGUACAUGGGACGGAAUUCUUGAAAAGACUCAUUAAAUUACUGGCAAUACAAAAUUUUAUGUGUGUAGGUGUUUGUCAGUUGUAUUCUACUGAGAAUACUAAGGUCUGGGUUCAGAAUUAUAAAUAGCAGUUUACCAAGCACUGUUUGUUGUUGUGUGUUAAUACAGGAAAGUCUCAUGAGUAACAAAACCAUGUGUUUAAUCUAGACCCCGAUAAACAAGAUGCAGUAUGUGUUUUGCUUUUGAUUUGGUCUAGUAGCUUCUAAUGGCAACUGUAGUUGACACCAAAUAGAACACAAACUUCCUUUCAGGGUUUGUAUGCAGACUAAUCUCAUCUAAUUGCAUUAAGUUUAUCAUCUGGACUCAAAAGGUUGUUCCGCAAAUGGACUGGUUAAGAGAAACACAAUCAUAUAUCAUCCUUCAAACCCAAGUAAAAGAGAGACCUUUACAGAAACCUGGUUUGAGUUUGGGUAGGUAGGCUGUGUUGCUUGAGAACACAGGCACCUGUUUGAUCUCAGCUCUCACAUGUCUCUAGAAGAGGGUGUCCCUAAGACACAUGAGCGUCCCCUCAGGCACUGGUCUGACCUUGGCCUGGAAGUGACCAGCAGCAGCUUGAGAAUCGUGGUAAAGAUGGGGAAUGAGCAGGGCCCUAGGAAGACUUUGCUUCCCACACUGACUUUUGGGAGAGCGCUGGUCUCCAUCUUGCAUUUGGAAAAUCAGGCUGUUAGAUGUUGGAGGCACCGGUUGCCUUCUCUGAACUCAUCCCCCCUAAUGAGCCAGAAGGGCUUCUGAUGGUGUGUUCCCUCCCCACAGACUCAUAGAUAUCAUUUGUACAGUAAAUUCACAAUACCUGUUUUGCCUUUUUUUAAUUUUAAUUCUAGUAUGCAGAUUCUGAAUGGAUGGGGGGAAAAUCAUAUCUAAACUUGAACACGACAGCCAAACUAGAUACAACAUAAAUUAGCAAGAAACAAAAGUAAUAAAACAAAAAUAAAUUUUAAAGAACCUUUGAUUCCUUCCGAUUUGACUGUGUAUGGAACCUGCCUAAGUAGCAUCACACUCAGAACAUUUCCAGAGUCCAGGAACAGUAAUUACAGUUGAUACGUUUGGAACUUAAUAAUGAAUCUUUAAAUAAGACACAGUUUUCAACUUCUUACUCAUUGACCUCUCUUAAGAAUAGAGCUAUCUAAAGUAGAAAUUACCAUCAAAUUACCAAACUGCAACUGAUGACUAGAGAUUCAACCUCAAUCUCUCCUCCCACACUGCCAGCUUCAGGUACCCGUUUGUAGUCAUGCUCAUGUCAUCCCGUCUCACAUGUCUUUGCCAGGACAUGAUUUUGCUCCUGUCUCUGCUCCCUCACUGGCUGCCUCCCUCCCACACUGGCACACAUGCUGUGUGGACACAGCGUGCACCCUGUGUACACAGUGGCAGCUGUCAACAGUACCCUCUCCUGCUGGGUGGGCCCCCAGGUAAUCCUCUUCUGUGACAAGGCUAGAACAGGCUGUUCCUGCAUUCAAAUAAAAGAGAAGAAAGAAUUCAGUAUCCCGUAAUAAUAUUUAUUUUCAUGAGUUUAGAGUAACCACAUGAUUUAUAAAUAGUUAAAUGAAUCAGAGGCCUGAGAGAGUUGUAGGCAUCUGUCCCACAUUAAAUAAAUUAAAACUGCUCAAUUUGGUAUUGUAGCUGUGCUUCUCACAUGAAAACUUGAAGGAAAAAAAUAUUUGAUGUAGUAAUUUUAACUCAUUUUCAUGGGUGCUAGAACUAAAUUCUUCUACAACAGUUUAGAAAUUGCAACAGAUUACAAAAUCUUUCUUGUUUUGUUACUUCUUGGGUCUUAGAGAACUAACAGCUUUUAGAAGCAGUGACAGAAAUAUAUCGUCAAUGGUUGAAUAAGAGAAGAGUCUAUUCAAAACAGCAGUACUUUUACAUUGUAAUACCCACCCUAACUUCCUUUUGCAAUAAAACUUUAUUUGAAAAUCUUCCUUCACUUCACUUUGUGGCACAGCAUUAGACUUUCCAUCUAUUACUUGUGACACCGUAGAAUCCAUCAUUCAGCAAAAGAAGUUGCAAAACAUCCUUCCUUACUCAGUUAAUAUUCCUUAUUUGGCCUGGCAUGAUCCACCUUGAAUUGAAUACUGCUUCUUACUGCCCUUAUCUUUGGGAUAUAAUUUGGUCCUAUUUGGGUUUUUGAAAUAUAUGGAGGAAAUAGUUUAUUGAAUCAAGAGAUGGAAAUAUUUCUUAAACUAGUAAUGAAAGAGGUGAGUUAGAACUCUGGCUGGAAAAUAAUUCAAUGAUUGAAGUGACAAGAUACAAAGUGAGCAUUAGAAUUUUUCUUUAAAUAUUGAUUGACCUGUUUUUAUUAUUGUAAGAAUGUCAUAGCUUCAGUUGUCAUGUGUUUACUUUGAGGGGUGCUUUUCUAAUUGUGUCUUUUGGAUUAUCGGUGUUUGAUGCUACAAACUAACUAUUUUACAUACAGUGAAAUCCAGAUUAACCUCUGUGUGGGGAUCAGUGGCAUAAGGUGAACAUUUUACUAAGUCACGUUUAGCCAAAAACCUUUUGUUUGCAUCCUAAAUGAAAUAUUUAUAAAAUGCAUUACUAUGUUUUCCCACCUUAACAAGUUCAACUAUGUUGAAUGUCAUUUGAUCUUUGAUGAUUUUUAAUUAUGAUAAUUGUCUGAUAUUCACUGUUUUAGAUGCCAUGUUUUCAAUAUUAUAAACAGCAACAAUGAAAUGAAUUGGACUGAAUAUGCAUAUGUAAUAUAUACCCUCCAGGUUGGAUUUUGGAAUCAGAUUCUUACUCAGAGUUUGCCAUCUAAAAAUAGAAAGCAGAAGAGGAAAAUGGCAUUUGGUUAUAUCCCAGAGUAUUGAGAUUUCACCGUUCCUAUCUUAUCCUAAUGUUAUUCCUCUCACUUCUGAGAAUUCAUGUCAUUCUGGGAAUAUCUGUAUAUACCACACCAAGAAUAGGAUAUGAUGUGAUUUUCAAUUUUGCUGUCAGAGGUUAUAGAUGGGUGUGCUGUGAAUGUGAAUUCUUAGCCUUUGCUGUAUCCAUUCUAUUAUUGUUUUCCUGGGAAAAAAACUAUUGUAUUCCUUCCUCCUACAUACUGUGCAUGUGUUAAAAAAAAAAAAGUGUCCCUUCGUAGUACCACAAAAUUCACCUCACCCUUUCUCUACUUUUUCAUAAUCAUUAUAAAGAAAAACAGUAUGUUAGGAUAAGGUUUUCAUAUAUGUACAUGUGUUUUUAUUGAAAACAGGCAGUUGUAGUCUUGUGUAGCCCUCCACCUGCCUGAUUAACUAAUUAUCUCCAAUGCUGCCAUGGAGAUGAGGCUGUUGACUCUCUCCUGCUUUGUCCUAAGCAGUGUUUGAGAAAUGAGGCCUGUGAAUUUCCCUUUGUGAUAAUAAAAAAUACAGUGAAGUCAGAAGUAUCUCCGGUAAGUGAGCUGACCACCUUGUCCCAGCCUCUGUUCCUUCUGUGUGGUGAAGCCAAAGUCUUGCCCAGGUCUGCUUCAGUGCUUGCUACUUUACUUUGGUGUCUUAGUGUGCAGUUUCCCGUUAGCAGUGUUCUUGGUGUCCUGUGUGGUCCUCUUGGUUGAUUCUCUCCAAAUAUGAGUCAGCCGCUGCCACCUGGCAAAUAGCAGGCGAUAUGCUGAAUCUCCUGUCCAUCCUUGUAACUAUAUCCUUCUUAUUGAAAUUCUGCAACUGGCUGGGUAAUUACAAACGUUAUCUGUGCAGACACAUGGGCUAAUGGAUGUUUACAUCGUUUGAGACAUUUUUACAGAAGGGGAUGUGGGGGGGGUGAUAUAGUCUUGCAAAUACUGAAAAAGAUUUCCAUGAACUUUACUCUCUGGAAAAAAAAAAAAAGAAUUCUCCUUGCUACAGAAAUUAAAUCAGCUUGGUUUGCAAUAACCAAGGACAUAAACGAAGAUCGAUUGAGGUGGAAAAGUUCUGUCUUGCAAGUUACCAGUGACAUCUGCCAGAGGUCAUUACCGCUACUUUUAACUGUGAACAUUCACCAGCCAAAUUACUCACUUGCCACAACCAACUAACCUCUCUCAGAAUAAAUCCAGUGUGUCUGUAUAUAUGUUGUAGAUAGAAACAACAAAAUAUCCUGAAAUAUUGCCUUUGGCUGUUAGGUAAAUCGAAGUGAUGUUAAUUAUAAAGGACUUUCUCUGUGAAUUGACUAUGGGAGCCAGAAUGGUGCAACAAGAUGUUAUUUACAAAAUUUUUUAGACCCAGAUAUCUCAGAUACUCACCAUGAGAAUGAAGACUGUUGAAUCUGAAAUUAAAGCCAAGCAAUAAUGUGCCAAAAAGAGGCAGUUAUACCAGCAAGUGCAUCUAGAACAGGCACACCAUUAGACAAUUAUGGUUUGCUCUAUGAAGACUGACUGUAACCCACAGAAUAAAUGUGAAGGCAGAAUGUCUGCUUUCCUGCUGGAAACCUUGUUUCGGAGCUCUGUCAAGACGUAUGACACCAGAGAGAAUUAGUAGAGAUACAGUUACCAUCUCUGUUCAUGCUAGUGAAGGCAGAAGAGGAGCCACUUAAAGUCUUGCUGGCUCACUCCUCAAGACAGCAACAAAAAGCUUGGUUGAACUGGAGGCAUUAGCAUGUAGGAAAGCAAUUCAGUUAAUUCCACCCAGUGGAUUACCAGCCUUCGCGAUGAAUACUGGGCUCCCAAAUGUAAAAUUACUAAAACAUGAGGACUUGUAUCAAAAGGGGCCUCAAAUAAUGCCUUACAGAAAAUGAUGUUCCAGAUGGGUAUUUCUAAAUACUAAUUCUUCGGGUGUCUUUCGGGGUUCCAAGUCAAAAUUAAUUGGCUGCAAAACUGCAGGAAUUGAAAUCACAUAUUAUUCACUUCAGGAAAAUACACACUGAUCAUCCAGCAUGGUGAUGGUUGUGAUGAGCACCAUAGUGAUUUAAGUGUGUUAGAAAGAAUUAAAUGGUAGAGAAAUCCUGACUUCAUGCUUGAUCUGUUAAAUAUGAAAUUUCAUCAGUUUCUUUCCAGGGUGAAAAUUAUAGCUUGCUUUUUUUAUAUCACUGCUAGUAUUUGUUACUUUAAAAGUUAAAUUGUUUGGCCUUAUAAAAACUUUUAACAAUUAAGCAAUUUUUUUCUGAUUCAUAUCAUUGCUGUUAAUAAAAAACAUGUACAGGCUGUGUGUAAACUAUUUUGAAUGAAUAGAAAAGACUUAUCCAUGCUAAUCAGUAUCUUCAUGAUUGUAGUUUAGAUCCUUAGCAUUUGUUUCAGAGCACAUCAUUGAGUUAAUUAUUUUUAUAAUAUUUUUCGUUUGUGGCUUAAAUGAUGCUGGCGAAUCAGGAGAUUGCAGUAUUAUAGUCAAGCUCCUAAAUCCUUUGAGGAAAGGAGAGACUAAUUUUUGUGUUAAGGGCAUCUGGAGAUACCUUUUAUUGAGGUUGAGAAAACUCCAUGUGACCUGAAAACUCAAGAAAAAUAUAUACUCACAAUGACUGAAUUCCUACAUGUAUUUAUCUCUGCUGUACUAAUGUGUGAGCAGUAUGUUGUGCACAAUACUGUAUCUGAUCGUGGUAUGUCAGUGCAUUCUCUAAGUGUAUACAGUCUGUGAGUGAUUGGUUUUCUAUUUUUAUGUGUAGAAAAAAACAACAUGCUGUAACCCACGUAAAGGCCAAUUACUGCCAUCGGGUAGGCACAUGUACGAAAAUGAAUAAAGCUAACAAAAGUUUGCAUGUGUGUUCGGUAA